AUGUCUAAUAUUCAAACUGGCGCCGAGCGUAUGCCGCAUGACCUUUCCCAUCUUGGCUUCCUUGCUGGUCAGAUUGGUCGUCUUAUUACCAUUUCAACUACUCCGGUUAUCGCUGGCGACUCCUUCGAGAUGGACGCCGUUGGCGCUCUCCGUCUUUCUCCAUUGCGUCGUGGCCUUGCUAUUGACUCUACUGUAGACAUUUUUACUUUUUAUGUCCCUCAUCGUCACGUUUAUGGUGAACAGUGGAUUAAGUUCAUGAAGGAUGGUGUUAAUGCCACUCCUCUCCCGACUGUUAACACUACUGGUUAUAUUGACCAUGCCGCUUUUCUUGGCACGAUUAACCCUGAU